GAUCUAUCCAAUUUCUGUUCCGAAUGUGUGCUUGCAGUUCCAUGAUUUUUCCUACAUUCAUCGAUUUACUAGGUAUAGUAUGAAAGUCACGUGUUCGAUGACGUUUUACUCUUAUCCCAUGGAUACGCAAAACUGCUACUUGAGCAUAGCAUCACUAGCAAAUGACAACUCAAAGGUAGAAUUCAAAUGGUUGCACGAGAGAGAGGAGGGAAAUUCUGGCAUUCCAGACCUCGCUCGCGCCAAUUUUGCACCUCUCAAGUAUUACGUGGCCAACGUGAAUCCGGGAAAACGGGUACAUUUAUGGCCCAGUGGUGAUUUCACCGUCCUCUACGUCAACUUCACCUUCGUGCGCCACAUCAGCAGCCACAUCUUCAACGUCUUCAUCCCCAGCGGUAUGGUGGUCAUAUUGUCUUUCCUUACUUUCUGGCUGAACGUGAGGUCGGUUCCGGCUCGAGUGGCCCUCGGCCUCACCUCCCUCCUCACUCUGUCCACUCAGGCAUCGCAGGCCCGCAACCACUUGCCCCCCAUCAACUACCUGACGGCGCUGGACGUCUGGCUCUUCUCCUGCAUAAUGCUCGUCUUCCUGUCUCUCCUCGAAUAUGCAACUGUAUACCACUUACACAACGAAAAGAUUCUUAAAAAGAAACGUUCAGCUGAUCAGAAGAAUCAGUGGGCAGACAAAAGAUCAGCUCUUCCACCAGUGUCAGGCGCAACAAGCGUCACGCACAACGAAAAGGAGAGAAUCACGCCCAAGAAGUCACUCCGUCCAACCAACAAUACUCCUUCUGAUACCGAUGCCGAAGAAGACACGCAGUUCUUGGACAAAUCGUGUCGUUCUGAUUUCCGAAGGGGCAAGUGGCGCACUUGGAAAAGGCCCUUGCUUUAUUUGGGACAAUAA